CGAACGUCCUAAAACAACAUUUCGUAUACGUAUACACUUCUUCGCGUCACUUUCAUGAUGCGAGGGCUUCAUUUCGCGGUAUGGAUAGGAUUCUCCCUCAUCAAUGCCGCUGCAGAGAACUACGAUGUGAAGGAGCGAAGAAGCACGCUAAGCCACUCGCUCUUGCAGACAGGGCUGAAGGAGGCCAAGCAGCCUGCCCUCGACGCCAGUACGGAGGGCGCACCACUUCAAAAGGAGAAGGUUGUGAACGAGAGCGCGCAGAGGAUGAAGAACAUUCUUGUCGAGAGCAUCCUCACAACAACGAACCCUCUUGUUUCCAUACAAGGGCCCACUUCUUUGUUGCUGCUACUGCCGUUUUGCUUGUCAGCUCUUGCUAUGAUUUGUUCAUCCAUUUGGUUCCAGUUUGAGGGUCGCUUGGGUGGGAGCACGCUGGAAGCAGUCCCGAAAAAGCGAUCUGGCUUGGAAUACCUCUCCAACGCAACAGCUCCUCUUCAGGAAGCAUUCGAGGAUUUCAGAAGCAGAACAGCUGCCAAAUCCGGGUCUGAAGUUGAAGAGCCAAAGGCCUUGCCUUCGUGCCAACACAAAACUCCAAUGCAGGCUGCGCAACCUGAGGUGCCUCCAACAGGGACCAUCACUGUCCAGGAGCCUGCAAAGCUGUUGCAGCCUGGGAAAGAGUAUUCUGGCGGUGAGAUCGUUGUAGAAGCCCUGCGCUUGGCUGGUGUUGAGCGCCUUUUUGGCAUCCCUGGGGUUCAGAACUUGGCACUCUACAAUGCAAUUUGCAGCCCUGCGGAAAUGGGGACUGUCUCAGCUGACAUGGGCAUGGACAUGGCUAUGCACCUGAUUGGGAAUGAAGAAGCCGCUGCCUACAUGGCUUGGGGCGUUUGGCAUAAGGAGAGGCGCUUGGGCUGUGCAUGCUUGAUUGGCGGUCCAGGUGUCACCCAUGCCCUUGCCGGUGUAGCUUGUGCUUUCAGAGACCGUACACCUUUGAUCGUCCUAACAGCCGGGGUUCGGGCUGGGGUCGAGCGCUUCCAGCUGCAUGAUGUGGACAACCUUGCCGUGCUGAAACCUGUGUGCAAAGCUUUGUUCCGGCCUGCUUCGGUGGAAGAGAUCGGCCCAGCCAUUGCAGAAGCCUGUAGGUCUUCACUUGAGGGAAGGCCUGGGCCUGUGGGAGUUGAAAUUGCCUGUGACCUUUACAACAAAUACGGGACCUUUGUGUGGGAUAGCAGUUGCAGCAAGAGAGUCCAAUACUUUGACCCCACACCUGCUCCAACCCGCCCAGUGCCAGCCAUUCAAUCUCUAUUGGCAUCCGACCCAAUGGUGUCAUUCUUGCAUUUCCUGACAGCGGAAGCCAAGAAACGGGAACUUGAUUGCACAUUGGUGGCCGAACCUGGCUACUGCGCUCAAAUUGCCGCAGUUGCAUGGGAAAGCUCAGACAAGUCCUGGCAAUUUCUUUGUCCUGGGUGUGGAUCCCGGCCCAGCGGUCUUGCAUCUGAUAGUCCUGGUGUAGCAGUUCCAACUGCUAUUGGGGUGGCACGUGGCCAAGCCGAAGUACCUGGCGUGGUAAUGUCCUUUCAGGAAAGCAACGCUUUGAUGCCGCAGGGCUUGGAGCUGUCGCAUGCCCAAGGCUUGCCGCUUUUGCUGGUCGUGCCUCAAGUGCAUGCCGUCAACGCCGUGCUCAUGGCUGAGAGCAUGGGUAUUGCUACAUAUGUUGCGGGCACCCUGGAAGACCAGACUGGUGCUCUUUCAGCUCUUGAAGGCGCUGCUGCUUUGGAGACCUCGCUUAUAGCAGUGCCAAAGCUUGAGGGGCAGUCUCAGGACGAGAUGCAGAACCUUCCCCAGACCUCAGCGACAAAAUUGGUUGAUGGGCUGGCAGCGGCAGGGGUAAAACUGCUUUUCUCAACAUGCGCCAACCCAGCACAGAAGAGAUUGGUUCAAGCGUUAGACGCAGCUGCACGAGAGAGUGUGGUGAGGGUCGUGACUUGCACAGACUCGCAAAGCGUGGGAUUCAUGGCCGAUGGGGCUGGGAGAUGCUUUUCUGGGAACUCAGCGGUGGGAGCCUGUUUGGUAGAUGCUGUGGAUGCAUUUGCCUUGCCAACGCUAUCAGGAGUUGGUGAGGCCUGGCAGGACGGAGUGCCACUUCUCUUGCUUGUACUGAGCCCACAUCUAGAGGAGCAAAGUGUUGGACCGCUUGCUGAAUUCUCCAAAAAAGUCCUCGUGGCAAAGACAACAGGCUCCAACAAGUGGCAAGAGAUGCAGGAGCAGAUCACAAUGGCCACCAAGCUUGCUGCUGCACCUCCAGCUGCUCCUGUGACUUUGCUGUUGCCUCGUGGUGACUUUCUCAGUGCCUCAGACUGUCCGAGAGGCCCAUCCUUGUUGGAAUGCCCAUUGGUGGCUCCAUUUCAACCAUGUCUGCCCAAAAGACUCAAAGCACCUCCAGUUCCACUUGCAGAUCCUGAACCACAUAAUCUCGAGGCUGGCGCCAGCAAAGCAGUGUCUUUGCUACUGUCAUCCCGUCGCCCUUGGAUUCAUGUUGGUCUUGGAUGUGCGAGCCGAGAAGCUACAGCAGAUAGGUUGGUAGAGAGAUUGGCGGACACCUUGGAAGCACCUGUCUCAAGCACCUUUUCCGGCAAGGGGGUGCUCCGUGAAGACCACCCACUUUGGCUUUGGUCAAUAGCAGGUCCUGCCAUGCCAAAUCAGUUAAGAGAGGUGGUCGAUUCAUGUGAUACAGUUUUGAUUCUUGGAGCCCAGAUGGGUGAGAUCGCCUCAUGCAGGCGACAAUGGCCUGCCAGGCGAACCAAAGUGAUACAUGUUGAUGCUGACCCCUGUGUUCUUGGAGCUAACUUCUUACCUGACUUACCAGUGCUGGGAGAUGUCACGCAAUUUCUCAAAUUGGUACUUGCAGAGCUUGACGCUCAAUCAAUCAAGUUGAAUCGGCGGAAUGCAUCCAAUGGCAGUGGCGAGCUACAUGAUCCGACACUAAGAGCUGAACUCAAAGCUGCUCACGAAGCACUUCGGGCACAAAUGCGUGCUGAAGCUGCAGAACUCCCAAAAGCUCAGUGUUCCCCGUUCGGGCUCUAUGCUGCACUCCAGGCUGCAGUUCCUCCCGGGCAAGCUGUUUUUGUAUCUGACUCGGGGAAUGGGACUGUGCUUGGCGCGGAGUUUCUCCGUUUGGCCAUGCCACGGGAGUUUUUGGCUCCCACCGACUUCUCCUCCAUGGGUUAUUGCAUACCUGCAGCCCUGGGGGCUGCGUUAGCAGGACGUUGUCGAGGAGAAGAAGUGGUAUCAGUCGCAACGGUCGGAGAUGGUGCCUUUCUAAUGACAGGUCUUGAAAUGGCAACAGCGUUGUCCAUGAAGCUCCCAGUCAUUUGCGUGAUUCUGCGGGACGGUGAGCUUGGUAUGAUUUCGGGCCUUCAACGCGCACAGCAGAAUGAAGUGUAUUGCACGCAUGUCCCGGAGCGUAUGGACAUGGUGGCGCUCGGUACCUCAUUGGGACUCCCAUCUCGACGAGUUUCGUCCGAUGUGGAGGCCACUGAGGUGGCUCAGUGGGCUUAUGAACACUGCAAGAGCGGGAAAGGCCCCGUACUUAUUGAUGCUGUGGUAUGUUACGGUGCUCCAUCAUUCUAUGCUCGUGGUGCCACUGGGCAACAGCCAACUGCUCAAGUCACUCCUGCUCCUUUUGAACCUUUGCCAUUGACACGGCUACCUGCGCCGCCUUCUCCAGAGCAGGAUGAGGAGGCACGCGCUUUUGCCAAAAAGGCCCUGGAGAAGCAUCGAAGCUCAGAUUCCUGGGACAUUUGUGAGUGCUUGCGCUUGGCAUGGGAAGGGUGCCCGAACCGGGUGGAUUCCAUUCAGGAUGGCGAGGUCAGCUGGAGCUACGCUGAACUCAUGGGGGUCAUCUUUGGUAUUUGCGGAUCUUUUCAAAAGAUUGGCAUCAAAGCUGGCGACAGGGUUGGUGUCAUCAUGCCGAACUCUGCAGCGCACCUGGCGCUGCACUACGCAAUAUCUGCUCCUGGUUUGCGUGCGGUAGCUUUGAAUCUGAGCCCUCGACUUCAGCCUCCAGAACUACUCAGGCUUUUGGAGGAUGCUGUGCCUUGUGCAUUGGUUUGUCACAUGGACUCUGCUCAGCUGCUCUCCAAGACGCUCGAGAUGUGUGACAAGACAUGGCCCAUUUUUUGGGCAGGUGGGUUACCUGAUGGAUUUGAAGGGCCAAGAAAUGUGCUGCUUGAGAACCUCAUUAAGGAUGCAGCUUCGCUCAAGGUUUGGCCGCAGGUGUCAGACACAUCCGUGUCACGAAUGCCCUGUGAAAUGUACUUUACGAGCGGUACCUCUGGUCGGUCUAAAGGUGUUCUACUUUCUCAUGCCAUUGUUCACGCACACGCGUUACAUUGUAUCUCAGAGCAUCGCUUCACCUCCAGAGACACUUGGCUUCAUGUUGCUCCCAUGUUCCAUUUGGUGGAUGCCUUCGGCAUGUUUGCCAUAACAGCGGUUUGUGGAAAGCAUGUGCUUCUUCCCGGUGCCUUUGAUGCUGAGCGCACCUUGGAGACCAUGCGCUGCAAAGAGAUCACCGCAACGAAUAUGGCAACAUCCAUGGUCAAUUUGCUCCUGGCUUCUCCUGCCAGCCGUUCGCUCGACGGGCGAUUCCCAAGCCUGCGCUUGGUUUCGUGUGGUGGGGCACCUCUUGGGAGAGCAUCGCUCUUGCGCGCUCAGAGGCUAUUCGGUUGUGAAUUCUUCCAAUCCUAUGGAAUGACUGAAUGCUGUGGAAAGAUAUCAAUGUCAAUGCUGAGUGCCCAACAGAGGUCUAUGCCUUUGGGGCAGCAGAUGGAGAUGUUGUGCUCGUCGGGCAAGCCGUUUGAAGGGAUUGAGGUCCGUGUGGCAGACGUAGAAACCGGGGUCCCUGUGCCAAAGGAUGGCAAGACAGUGGGUGAGGUUCAGAUCCGAGGACAAACAGUCUUCAAGGGCUAUCUCAAACCAGGCACGACUGAAGAGAAGGCACACCCUGAGAAUUUCUGUGAUGGAUGGUUCCGAACAGGUGAUUUGGCUUAUGUGACGCCACUUGGAUUCUUGUGUGUUUGUGACCGUCUCAAGGAUAUGAUUCUCGUUGGCUCUGAAAAUGUUUACUGCAUCGAAGUGGAAAGCGCUUUAGCAAGCCAUCCAGCGGUAUCUCUUUGCUCUGUUUACGGAGUUCCUGGGCCAGAAAUGAUCGGCGAGUUGGUGAAAGCUGUCGUGAUGGUCAAAGACGAUGUGAGAACUCCAAGCACAGAAGAGUUUCAGCAAUUCUGUGGCAACCUCCUGGCAGAUUUUAAAAUCCCUCGCAUCAUUGAGAUCGUGAAGUCCAUGCCAUUAAAUGGCUCAGGAAAAGUCAUCAAGAGCGAGUUGAAGAAAAGGGAUCAAAUAGAAUUCGAGCAAGUCGAAGCUACAAACGACCAAAAAGAAGACUCAGAUGAUAUCAAUCAACACUGCUAUGAAAUCACUUGGUGCAGCAACCCCCCCACGGUGUCGCAGGCUGCCUCCUUCGGUCAGUGGCUUGUCCUCUCGGCAGCGGCUGCAGGGUCUGAUAUGCAUGAGGUGUCCCCUUCAGUUUCCACAGAGUUGCUGAAUGAGGUAUCUGCAUGCUUCAGUGCACGCGGUGCCGGAGGGGCUGUUGGGGAGUGCUCUAUUGGAGACAUGCCCGUGAUCUCGAACUUUGCUGGUAUCGAGGCACCAACCGGAAUCUGUGUGCUGAUACCUGCGGGCAACAUGACAAAGUCCGAUGAUGCGCUGGAAAGUGAUGCAAAAGUGCGAACUGCAGUCCAGAGUGGGCUUUGCACCUUGCUUGCAGCAGUGCGCGCAUCCGAAGCCUUGCAGAUUGGAAACAUUGUGGUAGCUGCCCAGCACCCUGUCAGUGCUAGUCAGCCAACAGGUGUGAGUCCUUUGCCAAGAGAUCCUGCUGUGACAGCAUGCUGGUCCUUUGCCCGCGCUGCUGCUGCAGAAUCCAAUGUUGCAUGGCGACUUGUUGAGCUUUGCGGCCAUGCUGCUCCAAGAGAUGCAGCUGGUGCCAUUGUCGCUGAGGCAGAGGCCACACACUCUGGCGAGCCCGGCAGUCGCGCAGAAGAGGUUGCAUGGGCUGGAGGUCGCAGAUACAUUCCCCGACUGAAGCAACUCCAGCAGCCACAAGUGUGCCAGCAGCUUUCACCGGGGUUUAUUGGUCCAGAGGGGGAUGGCUCCAGUUGCAUCGUUGUUGGUGGAACUGGGAGCCUGGGCUGCUUACUGGUCUCCACCUUGAUGAAAUGUGGCCAGUUGAGUGACGUCGUCAUUGUGAGCCGUCGCUCUGGGACCAAGGUCAACUUCGGUGUUGAAGACUCCUCUUGCCAAGUGCAUUUUCAAAGCGCAGACGCAGCAGACCUGAAGAGUUGUGAAAGCUUGAUGAAGCAUGUCCAAACUUCUUUCGCCAAAUGCUCGCACAUUCUGAAUCUGGCAGGCUUCUUGCCAGACAGUGGGAUGGUGCCAGCAGCCAAAGACCUUCGCUGGUCGGAUUGUGCGCCAGUCCUGAGGCCAAAAGUAGAUGGCAGUUUGAAUUUGGUGACUGCAAGUGACCAGCUCUUCGACUCUCCUCCACACCUCGUUUGCUUCAGCAGUAUUUUUGGCGUGCUGUCCUAUCCGCGCCUGGCCCCAUAUGGGGCCGCCAACGGUUUUCAGGACGGGUUCACCGCGAUGCGCGCGGCCCAAGGACACAGCGCACAGGCUGUAGCUUGGGGUGCAUGGGCUGAGACAGGCAUGGCACAUCGGGCAGGCGAGGGGUUCCAUGCCUUCUGGGCAUCUGAAGGUAUGGGCUUUGUGGCUCCAGCUGCUGGGAUGGAGCUGCUGUGCAGACUUUUGGCCUCAAAGAGCGCUUUGCCACCCCAGGUUUGCGUUUUUCCUGCUCCUGGACCCUGGCCAGCAGCCUUGUCAAGGCACGUUCUUGCACGCGAUCUCACUGAGCCCGAGCAGGCAGACUUGGCGGCUUCGGCUUCGGCUUUGGCCUCACCUGAAAAUGAGAACCUGGAGAUUGAUAUUCGAGCAGUUGUUGAGGAUACCUUGAGCACGUUGCUGGGUUGUGAAGUUGACGAGGUGCCAAUGAAUGAGCCCUUUGCAAGUGCUGGAAUUACCUCAAUGAUGGCAGUAGAUCUCACAGCGCGAGUGAGCAAGGCUCUAUCCAUGAACCUGCCUCCCACUUUGGCAUUUGAGGUGGUCAGCGGCGAACAGCUUUGUUCGGCGUUGUCAUCGCGCCUAAAGCCCAAAGCGCGUGCUACCGAAGAGGCUGGAGUGUCGGAAGCCCAAAGAGCGGUUCAAGUGGAGGUGGUGGGUGGUGCAUGUGCACUUCCAGGUGGCCAAGCUGGGACCAGCACAGAUCUUCGGCAAAUGUGGCAGCGGCUCAUCCAAGCUGUAGAUUGCAUCCAGCUUCCUCCAAAGGGACGGCCUGUUGCAGCGCCUCGUGAGACGAGCCCUGCGUAUCAAACCUUGGGCUAUUCUGAAGCAGGAUAUCUUGAUGCAGAAUCGGUUACGUGCUUUGACCCAGCAGCCUUUGGCAUGAGCCAGUCAGAAGCCGAAAUAGUUGAUCCGCAGCAACGCCUUUGCGUGAAAAUUGCUUUGGAGGCGAUGGAGGAUGCAGCAAUUUCCAAAGCACGAGGGGCUCCUAUCGGUGUCUAUGUUGGUGUGACUACAGUGGAUUUCACCGACAUUGUGAUGAAGGAGUCUGGCCCUCCAUCUGCUUAUACCGGACCAGCCUUAACGACAGCGAUUUGUUCCAACCGCGUCUCCUACACUUUUGAUUUGCAAGGUCCCUCUGCAUCGGUGGACACUGCCUGCUCCUCAUCACUUGUUUGCUGCAAUAUGGCCAUGGCAGCCUUGCGCAGUAGUGCUUGCAGUGGAGCCUUGGUCCAGGGCGUCAAUGUGCAAUUGAACCCAUAUUGGACGGAGGCUUUUGCAGAAGCAGGGAUGCUUUCACCAACGGGUCGGUGCCGAUUUGGAGAUGACCGGGCAGAUGGUUAUGUGCGAGGAGAGGGGUGCUCUUGCCUCGUGAUCACGGAUGUUGAAACAUACCGUCGAGGUCCUCAGAAGGCCCCUCCUUAUGCCUCUUUGAAAGGCACAUUUUCCAAUCAAGAUGGUCGCUCCAAUGGUUUGACGGCUCCAAACCCUAUGUCCCAAGCAGCUUUAUUAACUUCGGCGUGGCUCGAUGCAGGCAUGAGUCCCUUGGAUGCCGUCUAUGCUGAAGCCCACGGCACGGGCACAUCUUUGGGCGAUCCUAUCGAGAUUGUGGCCAUGGGAAGGGCAAUGCGAGGAAGUGGGACGGAUGGCCCAAGCGCAAAGCCAGUGCUUCAGACGACCAGUUUCAAGUCAAACAUUGGGCACUUGGAGUGCGGUGCUGGCGCCGCUUCAUUGGCCAAACUGAUGUUGGUCCUGCAGCAGUCUGUGAUACCACCAUCUCUACACCUGAAAGUGCUGAAUCGGCACAUUGACUGGAAGGAGGUUCAGGUCAACGUGGUCACAGAGUGCGAACCCUUGAACAGCAAAGAUGGGGUAGCCGGCUGUGUCAGUGGUUUUGGCUUUGGCGGUUCCAAUGCCAAUGCAGUGCUUGCAUCAGUUCCUGCUGUCAAGGUGCGGAGCUCUCGACGCCCCGUCGUGGUGCCUUUCAUCUCGCGUGAGCUGCCGCUUGCAAUCCGUCGACUGCAGGCUUGGCUUCAGUCAAGCGAGAGCUCGAGCAGCUUGAGCAGCUUUGAAUCGCUUGAAAGUGUUGCCAGAGCAGCAGCUUUGAAAGCAGCUCGUCCAAGUUUCCAAACUUCGCAAACUCUCCGGCGCUUCGCAGUUGUCGCCGGCAGCACCACUGAGCUUGUCGAAAAGCUUCGAUGUGCAGCUGCAACAGCAGAGUCGCCUCCAACUUUCAGGAGGUUGGCUUUGCUGUUGACCGGUAGUUCCGAGCCUGGAGCCUUCGCAAGCUUGCGGCUGCUGCAAGCAAUGUCAAGUUCUGGGUCGCGGUGGCCGGGCAUGCGAAGGAAAUUGGAGGAGCUUGAAAACCAUUGCCACAGUGGAAACUCGUCUAGGGCAGCCUUUGCAAGUUUGCAUUGCGCAGCUGCAGCUUUGAUCGAAGACUUGGGAGUCAUACCAGCCCUGGUGUGUGGCAGCGGCAUGGCAGGGGAAGCUGCAAGCUUGACAACAGCUGGAAUUCUUCAGCCCGUUGAUGGGAUCAAGCUGGUAGGUGGUCAAAGUGGCUUCAAUGCCUACUGGCCCCCGACCAUGUCGGUGUGCUCUGCUCACCAUGGCUUGCUUUCCGAGAAACCAUCAGCUGCUUACUUGGAGGCACUUGCCACAGCUGGGAAGCAAGGCUCGCAAGUUGUGCCACAAGGCUUGCUCACAGCCAUUGAGUCCCUCCAGUGCGAUGCUGUGAUUGAGCUGUGCAUCGGAACUUCUGUGAGAAGCGUGCUGCGUGAUUCCAGUGACUCCCUGAAUAUUGUAAGCGCCCGCAUCGGUCCACCCAAGGAUGGACGGAUUGUGUCUGGUGAUGUGGCCGAGCGUGCCAUUUUGGAGGCAGCUGCAGCUUUGUAUUCAGGUGGUGGGUCUGUGAAUUUUGCUCAGGCUCUCGGUGCAGGACCAAUUUCAAGGCUGCCUCCCCCAAGUUUGGCACCUAAGGUCUGUUGGCCUUGUGAUCCAGCCAGGGCUGAGUGGAAACGUGACGACCUCUACACUGAUGCUUACCAAGCCAGCUGGCUAGCCAAACCGGCAGCUGGCACAGCUCCAAUCUUCUCAGCGGGGCGGUUUUUGAUCUCUGGCAGUUCGGGUGCUGAUUCUUCAUUGAAACUAGCCGCCAGUUUGCUACAUCGAGGUUGCACAGCCAAGGUGGGCGAUCCAGCCACGGAUCGGCUUGAACCUUCGACUUGGCAGUUUGUGUUUGUUCUCGAAGCUUCAAAGCCGCAGCAGCUUGAACACAAUUUGGGCGCAACACGGGACGCUCCGCAUGCAAUGCUGCAAUGGCUUCGCUCACUGCCAAAGACCGGUUGCAAAGCUGCUGUCGUGAGCGUUGGUGCCCAUGCGGUAGACCGAAGCCUCAGGUGGAUACCAGCUGCUGCAAUGUGGGGGGCUGCACGGUCCGCGAGACUGGAGAGGUCAGACCUGACCCUGAGGUGUAUUGACCUGGAUCCUUCGAUCGAUUCUUCCACAGGCUUCAAGCAUAUCGCCGAGGAACUUGUUUCUCAUGCAGAUGAAGCACGAGAUGUUCUCAUAGAGCCUGGCGAGCGGAAGGUCAGAGUGUUGGAAAGUUUGAAGCUACCCUUACUUCAGGCACCAUUAGCUUUGACUUUACCUGAAACAUUUGGGAUGACAGGUGGGACUGGAGCUUUGGGUCUGAUGUUGUCAGAAUGGCUCGCCUCACAAGGGGUCAAGUUACUCAUUUUAGCAUCUCGGAGCGGUAGAGUGCCAGAGGCAAAUGCAAAACUUUGGAGUGCCGUGAGUCAAACUUCGGCCGCAGUGAAGCUAUGCAAGUGUGACGUUGGGCAAGACCCUUCUGGGAUCGCGCAGCUGCUGAAAUCUGAGCAGGAAUUUGGGCUUGCGCACUUGGCAGGGGUCUUGCAUGAUGGCCUGUUUGCUCAUCAAGACUGGGGCACCUUGGACAUGACGAUGAAGCCAAAGGUUGACGGUGCCGCCUUCCUGGUGGAGUUGCUGCGCUCAGCUUCAACUGAACACUCUGCCAAGCGAUUGAAACAUCUUUGGCUGUUCUCAUCGGUAACCAGUUGCUUGGGAAAUUUUGGGCAGACGUCCUACGGCGCAGCCAACUCAGCGCUCGAUGCAAUGAGCCGCUCAUGGCGGCCUGGGGACACGCUGGGGCCCGCACCUCAGGCGACCAUGUCAGUGCAAUGGGGUCCAUGGGCAGACUUUGGAAUGGCUUCUGGCUUGCAGGAAAACACCUCAAUAUUCAAGCCGUGGAGUGGGAGCCAGGCAAUGUUGGCAUUGGAGGCUACGCUUUCAGCAAGCUCCCCUGUGGUUUGCUUGACGCAGUUUGCCUGGCAGAAUGUCAGGCAAGAGCUUGGCGGACAUGCUUACUACCAAGGUUUCUUGAAGGAGGUGUGGGGAAAGAGCACCAACCUUGUCGCCCCAGCGGCGCUUGAGGGCCCACCAGAUUUUGCUGACGUAAGAGCAGCAGUGGUGCAGACAUUGCAGAAGUUCUUGCCAAAUGGAGCGGAUGGCUUCACGGAUGAUGCGGAAUUUGAUGAGCUUGGGUUGGACUCUCUCUCAGGUGUAGAAGCCUCCCGUGCCCUAGGAACAGCGCUUUCUCAAUUUGGCAUUUCUACAGUGAAGCCGACUUUCCUGUUUGAAGCCAAUUGCUUGCGCAGCGUUUUGUCGAAGCUCCAGGCAUCCAGGCCAACUCAGCCCACUCAGCCUGCUCAGCCCGCUCAGCCGGCCACCAUUGCUCAAUCACUCGCAGCUGCCAAACCGACGUCGGAUAUUAAAUCUGUCGUCGUUGAAACCCUGGAGCGUUUCCUGCCCAAUGGAAAGGAAGGACUCACAGAAAAUGCUGAAUUUGACGAGCUGGGGCUCGACUCUUUGUCAGGAGUGGAUGCAUCACGUGCUUUGGCGGCAGCAUUGGCUCCGCUCGGGGUUGGUGGAAUCAAACCAACCUUCCUCUUCGAGGCCAACUCUUUGACCUCAGUGCUUGGCAAGCUGGACAAGUUGAACACUCAGAAAGCAGUGCAGCCUGCUCAAUGCAGUGGAACUGAAAAAAGGGCAGCUCAGAAGCCAAUGGCUGUGGUGCCUCUAGUGAAUGUGCAUGCCAUCGGGGAACCUAUUCCCUUGGAAAGGCAUUUUUUCGCAACAAUGAGCGUCAGCCUCAGAUGGUUCUUGCGCAUGCUGAGCGAGGUGCCAUUUUUUGUGAUGUUGACGGUGUGCUUCCGUCAAACGCAUCCUGUGGUGCAACUAACCUCGCCAACAUUUGCACUCUUUGGAAUGUUCGUAUUCUAUUCUAUGGCCUGCGUGACGCAGCUCUUUUCGAGUUUCAUUUUGAUGUGGGCAGCCAAGAACCUUCUGCUUGGAACAGUGAAGGAAGGCAUUUGGCCGAUUUGGGGUUGGAAAAUGGCAUGCCUAAAGGGACUUCGACAUUUCGAAGAAUGGGUGCUUGCAUUGCCCACCAUGAAAGCCAUGGAAAGGACAGAAUUGCCCAACGUUCUUUUUCGCCUCAUGGGAUCUCAGAUUGGUAGAGGCGCCUACAUCUCGCUCUCAGAUGAUUUGCCUCUUAUAUCGUGGGAUCUUCUGAGUGUUGGGGAGGCUGCAGUUUUGGAUGGCAUGAACAUUUCUGGUUCCAAUCACAUCUUCCACGUGCACCGACCCCUGUCCAUUGGAAGUGGUUGCGUGCCCUGGCUGCGACUUUGCGUCCUAAAACAACUCCCUUGA